GCUUAAAUGGAAACGAAUAAUUGGGAGGAAGGAUGAAAUUGAAUCUGCAGUUUAGCUUCUUCUGAUUUCUGAUUGUAUUUAUGGCCAAUCCUGAUUCUCAACGUCGCUGUGUUUUUGUUGGGAAUAUGCCAUAUAAUACUACUGAGGAGAAGCUAGUUAAAAUUUGUGAGGAGAUUGGCCCUGUUGUUUCCUUGAGGCUAGUUACUGACAGAGAAACUGGAAAGCCCAAGGGUUAUGGAUUCUGUGAAUACAAUGAUGAAGAAACUGCCCUGAGUGCUCGCCGUAAUCUCCAGGGAUAUGAGAUCAAUGGUCGCCAAUUAAAAGUUGAUUUUGCUGAGAAUCAUAAAAUUUCUGACAAGAAUCGUGAAGAAGGCCGUGGUGGACAUGAGCCAAUUGGACAUGCAGUAGCUACCACUGCUGCUACUGCCAUGGCUGGAGCUCUUGGAGCUGCUCAAAUGGAUUCAAGUUUACAUAAUCACCCAAUUGAUCCUUUGUCACUUUAUCUUUCCAAAAUGUCAAGGAGUGAGCUGUAUGAAAUUAUUUCUGAUAUGAAGGCUAUAGCAACACAAAACAAGGAACAAGCUCGCCAAAUAUUACAUACAAUUCCUAACUUACCUAAAGCAAUCUUCCAGGCACAACUAAUGCUGGGAUUGGUUACUCCUCAAAUGUUACCUCAAGCAGGGAUUGUUCAAUCUGCUGCAUUCCAGCCUUCAUUGGCACCAAGCUCUUCGGCAUUGUCUACUCCUCUGGACAACAUUAUUAAGGGUUGUCUUGAAACCCAGAUUGUUGCUAACAAUUCUGCUUCGCUCAAUAAAACAAUUCCCACUUCAGGUUUGCCAAAGAGAGCUAGAGCCCCAAAUGAUAGUAUAGAUGCGAUGAAUCAUCGCCCAUCAAAGUUGUCAAAACUAAAUGAUGGAAGGAGUUGCUAUUCACCACCUGAAUUAAAUGUAGUUCUGAGAAGAGAAGAGGCUUCUAGUUUUGAGAAGCAUGCUCUUCAGAUAACCCCAGAUGUAGAGUCAGCCUUAUUGCAGCAAGUGAUGAGUCUCACGCCACAACAGUUAAACUCAUUGCCCCAAGAUCAGCAACAACAGGUCUUUCAGCUUCAACGGAUGCUUCGGCAGUCAGCAUAA